AUGGCGCAGAGGCCCACAUUAGGUUUGCAAGAUGGGUUUCUCAACUUCACUACGCCGUCUUUCAGCGUGCAGCUUGUGAAGGACUCGCAGACUCUGUACUCGCUCAAGACUAAAACCCAGGGCAACUCUACCGCGUUCGACUUCAUUCCUGCGGACGUCAUGGAUCAACGCCAGUACGACGGAAACUACCACCUCGGAGACGUCACCUUUCGCGCUCGGACAGUCGGAUCGACUACUUGGAUUAGUGGCGACACAGCUGCUGCCCGCAAAAACGUCUCAGCGCUCCCAGCAUCAGGAACGAUUCUCGCUGCAGCUAAUCUGCUUCCGACGCUGCCUGACGGUUCGCUCCUGAACAUUACGCGGAGAUGGGUUCUCGAGAACAAUUCCUUCCAACUGUUGUUUGAUGUCACAAACUCGCAGAAGAAGGCUGUGGAGAUUGGCUCCCUUGGCGCGCCGCUCGAGUUCAACAAUAUCUUCACGGGACGGACUGCCGCCGAGACCAACGAGCUCUGCAGUCUCUUUGAUCCCUACAUCGGUCAAGACGCCGGUUAUGUUCAGGUCACUCCCCUGCUUGGAACGCUCCCGCCUCUCCUCGUCCUUCCCGUUGGUAAGUCCCCGCUAGAGGGCUGGCGCUUCCUCCCAGAAGACACCUCGCAGCCUCUCGGAUACCAAUCUCAGACGUUCGAGGCACUCUACGAAUGGCAAUUCCACAGUCUCGCGUACGCGGAGAACGAGUGGAAGAACGUCACCCCGUGGAAUGCGCCGACAUCCGCUACGCUGCAACCUGGGGAAACGCGGACGUAUGGCUUCCGAUUCGUACUCGCAGACUCCAUUCGUGGUAUCGAGUCUGCACUACAGGAGGCGAAACGUCCUGUGGCGGUCGGCAUACCUGGCUAUAUCGUUCCUGCGGACCAGCAAGGAAAGCUGUUCCUCAGCUACACCUCUGCCGUCAAGUCCCUUUCUGUCAGCCCGGCGGGCGCUCUCUCCUGGACGAGCAACGCGGAAGCGAAGACGUCCGACUGGGUCGGGUACACAAUAACUCCGCAGACGUGGGGUCGCUCCCGUCUCACGAUUACCUACACCGACGACACCGUCCAGACUGUCCACUACUACGUGACUAAGGCCGCCGCACAGGCCAUUGCCGAUCUCGGGAAUUUCCUGACGACCGAGUCCUGGUUCGACGACCCGACAGACCCGUUCCACCGCUCGCCGUCGGUGAUCAGCUACGAUCGCGAAGUCAACGCGGUUGUGAAGAACGAUGAGCGUGCGUGGAUUCCCGGCCUGAGCGACGAGGCAGGGGCGGGGUCGUGGCUCGCGGCGACGAUGAAACAAUUUGGGCAGCCAAAUGCGGACGAGGUCGCGAAGCUUGAGAGGUUUGUGAACGAGACGCUGUGGGGAUCCAUACAGAACUUCAACGGUACCGUGAAGAAGUCCGUUUUCUUCUACCAACCUGGCCUCGUGCCUGGUUACACUUAUCCGUCGACGAUCGACUGGACGCAAUGGUGGUCGUGGAACCAAGCUGCAUCGUACGCGACGGACCGUGCAUACGAUUAUGUGCAUGUCACCGCCGCAUACUGGUCGCUGUACCGUGUCGCGCGUAACUACCCAGACAUUGUCAAGACUCACACAUGGGAGUGGUACAUCAACCAGGCGGUUCUAACAGUGGCGACUAUGACCGAUGGGCAAGUGGGCUAUGCAGAUGAUGGGUUGAUGGAAGAGACGGUGAUCAUCUACCUUCUGAACGACUUAAAGAGAGAGGGCUUGGCGGCCAAUGCUACUCUUGUGGAGAGCCGUAUGCAAGCCCGCCAGAAAGUAUGGGCUGGGGAGCAAUUCCCCUUCGGCUCUGAGAUGGCUUGGGACUCUACUGGUCAAGAAGGGGUGUAUGGUUGGGCGACGUACUUCAAUGACACUAUUACUGCCAUCAACUCCCUCAACUCUAUCCUCGCAUACCAGCCGACGGUCCCCCAUUGGGGAUACAAUGGAAACGCACGUCGCUACUGGGACAACAUCUACGGGGGAAAGCUCCAGCGCGUUGAACGGCAAAUUCACCACUAUGGCAGCGGCCUGAAUGCGAUACCGCUCAUCACGCAGUUCCGUUCUACGCCUGACGAUUAUUACCUCCUUCGCGUCGGUUUUGGUGGCCUCAGCGGGCCGCUCUCGAACAUCGACCAAGGCGGUUUCGCAUCCGCUUCCUUCCACUCGUUCGAGGACACGUUGAAGUGGGACGGCUAUACGGGGGACUACGGCCCGAACUUUGUCGGGCACUCGCUGGAAAUUGGGACGUACAUCGUCAACCACCCGGAUUUCGGUUGGCAGGCGUUCGGUGGGAAUGUCGUUGCGACGACGCCUACCGUGAAAGUGCAGACGCGCGACUCACUGAGGCGGAGGGUGUUCGUCGCAUCACUUGGAGCAUGGUUAUCGCUUGACGCGGGAGCAUUCGAGGAGGUGGAGUACGAUCCUGAGGGUAGGACGGUGACGCUAACUAUUUUGCCGUCUUCGAGUGGCAUCACAUCUGCCGCAGCGGCGCCCAAUGCUCGCCUGGUCGUGCAGAACACGGCUGAUAACGGCAUUGGAGUUCUGACGCCCGCCACGGACUUGUCGCAAGAUGCCGGUGCUUGGGUUGUACCGUUCAAAAAUGGUGUCGCUUCCAUCAAACUGGGUUUGUGA